AUGGCACAACUACAAGAUGUUCUUGGCCAGGCCAAAGCCUUACCUCCUGUUUUGCUGGCAGGUUUCUUCCUGAGCAUCUGGAUAUUGUACCUAGCUGUAUCAUAUAUCCGAGACCCUCUCAGAAACAUCCCCGGUCCCUUUGUGGCAAGAUUCACCCGACUAUGGUAUCUCAAUGAGGUGGCCGGCGGUCAUUUCGAGAAAACAAAUAUUCAAUUGCACCGGAAAUAUGGUUCAAUCGUUCGAAUUGCCCCCAACUACUAUUCCAUCGACGACACGGAGGCGAUCAAGACGAUCUAUGGCCACGGCACAAGCUUUGUCAAGGGGAAAUGGUAUAUCGCGUCUGGCAACCCGAAAAGCGCGGAGCCCGACCUGUUCACGGAUCUGAACCCAGAAACCCAUGCUGUGAACCGACGAAAUGUCGCCUCCCUUUACUCAAUGACUAGUUUGAUGGGAAUGGAACCAUACGCAGUUGAAUGUGCCCAGAUCCUCGUCAAAAAAUUCACAGAGUUCGCUCAUUCACGAAGUCCAAUCAACCUCCAAGUCUGGUUGCAGUAUUAUGCCUUUGAUACAAUUGCCCUAAUUACGCUCAGUAAAAGAUUCGGUUUCCUUGAUACCGGCGAGGACAACGGUGGAAUGAUCGCUGCUUUGCACUCGUAUCUGGUAUAUCUGUCCCGAGUAGGUGUCAUGCAUGAAUGGCACCGCUCUUUGAUGUGGAUCCUUUCCUUUUUCCCUAGUGGAGGUAUGCAUUAUAUGGGAACAUUCACCAAGGAACAAGUGGAACAGGGCCAGAGGCAAAAGACGAAGAGUGACCUGGAGAAUGAUGAGGCCAAGCCGACGGAUGAUUUUUUGACCAAGCUGUUGCGAAUGCACGCUCGUCAGCCAGACAGGUUCUCGAUGACAGCUGUGUAUACGACUUGUCAUACCAACAUCGGUGCAGGAUCUGAUACUACCUCAGUCAGCCUGGCAGGAAUCAUGAAUUGUCUCAUGAGGACUCCGUCGAGUUUGAGCAAGUUGAGAGAAGAAAUCGACCACGCUAUUGAGGAACGCGGAUCAGAUGAUAUGUUCUCCUUUCAAGAAGCUCAAAAGCUACCUUACCUCCAAGCUUGCAUCAAAGAAGGAUUACGGCUGCAUCCAGCCACAGGCUUGCCUAUGGUCCGGGUUGUUCCCGAAGGCGGUGCUAGCAUUGCGGGGAGAUAUUUUCCGGCAAAGACAGAAGUGGGAGUCAAUAGUUGGGUUGCCCAUGCUAAUCAACGAAUCUUCGGCCCCGAUGCCGGUGACUUCAGACCUGAAAGAUGGCUCGAAUCACCGGAGAGAGCCCCUGAAAUGAAUAAGUAUAUUUUGACGUUCGGCGCCGGCUCGCGAACCUGCAUCGGAAAGAACAUCAGCUUGCUGGAAAUUUCAAUUUUGAUUCCCGAAUUGGUCCGAAAGUUUGACUUCACGCUUGUCCAUCCUGAGCAACCCCUGGAGACAGAGAAUGUGUGGUUCGUCAAACAGAAGAAUCUGGAUUGUUAUGUAUCUUUGAGGAGUGGUGACUGA